AGUGCUUUCCCACAACCGUACUGUGCUGAACGGUAAUCAAAAAAAUGUUACUCAAUUAUUCAAUUGCGUUCCAAAUGAUCGAUGAUACCUCAUAAAAAGUAUUGGUUGCACAAAAUAAAUCUAAAAGUCACGGCUACGACCGUGACCAUAAGGAAUCCGCAGUAAGCAUCAAAAAUUAAAUUUCAAUCAUAACACCUGUGUUGGGGUAUCGCGCCUGAAGGUCACUGUCAUCCUAUAAAAAGCCUCACGUAUGAACAAACGAAUCAAACAAAACUCGACCAACAUGAAAGUAUUUUGGUUUUGUAUCAUACUUGCUGGCUACAUUUUUUGUCAAGAAGUUGUAUAUUAUCCUUCACAAUCAGUUUUAGACACACAUUAUAAAAAUGAAGUGAAAAGAGAAAUAAAAAGUAUUUCUAAUACCUCUGAGGUUGCUUAUGAAAUUGAUGGUGAAUGCUAUGAAAAUAUUACAUGGAGGAGAUUUAAUGAAGACAAAUAUUCAAAUAAUGAUUUGAAAAUACAUAAAAGAGCGUUAGAUCCCGUAUUCCAUGGAUACCCUAAAACUAGAGAAGAGUUAUGGAAUGAACGAUUUUUAAACGAAAGUACAAAUUUCGAUCAAACACCGUCGCUUAUCGCAUUGCUCCAUAACGUGACGCUGACCUACCUCACUGACUGCACACCAGUGAUACUAUACGACAGUCAAGUGAAAUCAAAAGAAAGUUACUUAGUACAAAAUCUUCUCAAAGGAUUCCCAAUAACUUUCGUCCAUGGGUUCAUUAACGAAAGCAAUGAAUUAAGUGAGCCAAAACUUCUUCGCGCUAAAUCGGAAUGCCUUCACUUCAUAAUUUUCUUAUCAGACGUUAAAAGCAGUGCAAAGGUUAUAGGAAAGCAACCGGAGAAUAAAGUGAUCUUGGUCGCAAGAUCGUCCCAAUGGGCUGUGCAAGAAUUUUUAUCUAGUGCAAUGUCAAGAAUGUUUGUUAACUUACUGGUUAUUGGGCAGAGUUUUAAAGAAGGAGAUGAUAAGACUUUGGAAACCCCAUACAUUCUGUAUACUCAUAAAUUGUAUACUGAUGGACUGGGCGCAAGUAAACCUGUUGUAAUAAACUCUUGGACACAUGGGAAGUUUUCAAGAAAUGUAAACUUAUUCCCUCCGAAGAUGACGGAAGGUUACGCUGGACACAGAUUUGUGGUCGCCGCUGCUCAUCAACCCCCAUUUGUGUUCAGAAGGAUUCUGUCCGAUCUUGACGGUGGAAACCCUAGAGUAGUUUGGGAUGGCGUUGAAUUACGAUUAAUAAAAUUAUUGGCGCAAAGAAACAACUUUUCUAUUGAAAUAAUUGAACCACAAGAGCCGAAUUUGGGGUCAGGAGACUCUGUUGCUAAGGAAGUAAUGAUGGGCCGAGCUGAUUUAGGAAUAGCGGGAAUGUACAUGACUAUCGACAGGGCAAGAGAAAUGGAUCUGUCUUACGCUCAUUCUCAAGAUUGUGCAGUUUUUAUUACACUUAUGUCUACAGCAUUACCACGCUAUCGAGCCAUUCUUGGACCAUUUCACUGGCAUGUCUGGGUUGCCUUGACAUUCACCUACCUUUUCGGAAUGUUUCCCCUCGCCUUCUCCGAUAAGCAUACGUUAAAGCACCUUCUGUAUAAUACUGGAGAAAUAGAAAAUAUGUUUUGGUACGUCUUUGGAACCUUUACAAAUUGCUUCACGUUUCUCGGUAAAAACUCGUGGAGCAAGACUGACAAAAUAACGACGAGAUUGCUAAUUGGUUGGUAUUGGAUUUUCACAAUAAUUAUAACGAGCUGCUACACUGGUUCCAUCAUAGCUUUUGUAACGUUGCCUGUAUUUCCUGAAACCGUGGAUACCAUACAUCAACUAUUGGCUGGAUUUUAUCGGAUUGGUACUUUAGAUAAAGGUGGAUGGGAAAAAUGGUUUUUUAAUUCAUCGGACCCUUACACCAACAAACUGUUCAAAAAGCUUGAACUAGUACCAGAUGUGGCAGCUGGUAUUAGGAAUACCACAAAGGCUUUCUUUUGGCCUUAUGCAUUUUUAGGAUCUAAGGCUGAACUCGAGUAUAUUGUUCAGGCAAAUUAUACAGCGACUAAAUCAAAACGAGCCGUUCUUCACAUCUCCAAUGAAUGUUUUGUGCCGUUUGGAGUGACCAUAGGAUUCCCUAACAAUUCUGUAUAUUCAGCCAAAAUGAGCAAUGAUAUCGGAAGAAUGAUCCAAAGCGGACUAGUUGAUAAAAUAAUCGACGAAAUAAGAUUUGAAAUGCAACGAAGUACUACCGGGAAGUUGCUUGCAGCUAACAGCGACACCCUAAAAAUAGCAUCAGCCGAAGAAAAAGGUCUCACUCUCGAAGACACACAAGGAAUGUUCCUGCUAUUAGCAGCUGGUUUUCUAAUCGCUGCAACAGCUUUAAUCUCAGAAUGGAUCGGAGGAUUCUCCAAAUUCUGCAGAUUUAGACGAAAAAAACUGAACACUCCAAUCAGUACUAGCUCCAAGGAACAACUUAUUGCAACACCAAAAAGUGACUAUGAAAGUGAAAUAAAGAUUAUAGGUGAUACUGACAGCAGACUCAAUUUCGACAGCAGACCAUCAACAGCUAAUUCUAACGGAACGUUAGAUGGAGAAGUGAUUAACGUUACUAACGACAGCAUCAUGGUACAUAACACAUUCAGUACAGAUAGGUUUGAUUCAAGGAGAUCCAGUUCAGUUGACCUAGAUAAGGAAGUCAGAGAGAUAUUUGAGAAGGAUAGAAAGAGACGAAGAGCUAUGUCUCAUGAUAUGGAGAUGUUGGAUGAAAAUGAUGCUUCUAUUUCUCGUUGCGCUUUUGGAGAUCCUAUUAAGAAUAAAUAGGAGAACUCUUUACCAGAGCAAUCACUUAGUCAAUAAGUCUCUGUUGUUAGAAUUGUGGCUAAUUAAACAUGUUAUUAUUCAGACUCGCUUGUUUCAUUUUUUUGGCAUAUUUUGGAAGACAGGACAGUAGAACAUAGAACAACGUCACUUUUCUAUUAAAAAUGAUCAUACUUUAAGAUAUAUUCUUAGACAUCUUACAGUGCUAAAUUAUUUAAGUGUCAAUUAACUUUGUAAAGGAAAGGUGUAUCUACAAAAUAAAAACGAAACUUGACAUCCAACUCUUUAUUAUCCUUCGAACAGUCAUCAAAAUAAUUUAUAACAAUUUUCUAACACUGUCGAUAAACAUCAAUAUUUCAUUCAGCCACUGAGAUGUUCCAUUCAUCAUACAAUUAUAAUACACAGGGCAGAAAUGGCUGCCGCGACUCAGAUAUACCGCCGUUCGACCUACACUAAUGCAAUAUUUGGCCCGGCCUUAUCUUAAAAAAUAAUUACACAAUUAUGACUUAAUAUUCCCGAGAUUCACCUCCGGAAUACCGUCGGUGCUCUCUCAAAUUAUCAGUAAAAAUAUCGAUAAAAUACAACAGAUUUUGCAUUCUUUGUAAAAUUCAAACGAAAAUAUACCUAAUACCUACCUAAGCAUUUUGUUAUAUAUGUAUUGCACAACUGUUGUUACAAGAGAAAUUAAUGUGAAAUCGAUUUGAGUAUUCAAUAAGGAUAUGUAUUUAUAUUCCUAUAUUAUAUUUGAAUUGUUCACGAUAUACUGUGGUGCAAUAGCAAACAAGACGGGGAACGUUAAUACACCGACAUCUACUGUGAAGUUCAGCAAUAGUUUCUGUUAUCUCAUACUUAUUACUACGUAUCUGUUUAAAUGCAAUGAACUAGAUUAUAAGUUAACUGAACAAGCCCUUUGCUAUUGUCUCACAGCGAAAUAAAAUAGGUAAACACAUAUAUUACGAAAGUAGGUACAUAUAAAGAUCAAACAAACUCUUUUUACACUAACACACAACACGGUUGUGCGUCCAAAUGAAUAAUAAUAAUAAUAUAUUUAUUAAUUAAUUAAACUUGAAACUCAUUCCCGAUAGCAAAGCUCACAACCUCGGAAAUCAUGCUCCCAAUACCAGCUUACUGUUGUAAUAUACAAUGUACUCGAUACAAUAGUAUGUGCAAGCGAUAAAA